GAUCGCGCUUGUAUGAAAUGUGAUCCCUCACGAAAUCAACCGUUCGCCGUUUGCUCAACAGAUAAAAAAUAAGUAGGAAAUCGAAAUAUUUAUACAAGGUAGCCAAAACAGAAAUAAUUUGCACCUGUUAUCUUGAAACUAAUAUCUGUCGAAUUUUAUUUAUUAGCUUUAAGUCAGUGAACGGUUGAAGUGUUCGAUAAACAUACGGGCCACUCAUUGAGAUAACGAAUACAAACAAUCAGUCUUUAUGUAACGUUCAGUCGCAGCGCAAGGCAAACCGGGCGGGAUGCCACUAGACGCGAAUCGUAAUCCGCCGCCAGUCGCUAGUCGCCACCCGCCGCACUACAUCGCAGACUGUCGCAAUUUACCAAUUGAAGCAGACCGGUGCGCGCGUCCGUUAGCUCGGUGAUACAUCACGUAUUUUAAUUCGAAUUUAUUUUGUGUACAAUGACGGAGAAACGAUAUAUCUUGGGUAUGGACAUUGGCACGACAUCGGUGAAAGUUUGUGUAUACGAUCCGCUCGCUAAAGAAAUUGUGGCGAACCAAAACAAAGACACUGCGGCAAACAUACCCAGUGAUCAAGGGAUUGAAGGCAACAAGCAGGAUGUGCCGAAAAUAGUAUCAGCUGUACAUUAUUGUGUCUCCCGGCUCCCUAGAGAUGUCCUACGACACGUCACUAAAAUAGGAGUCUGUGGACAGAUGCACGGUGUCGUCUUAUGGAGAGAUGGGGCAUGGGAAAAAGUCGAAAAGGAUGGAAUGGUUAUACGUUUUGAGGGAACACGAGAAAACAUGUCGGCAUUGUAUACAUGGCAAGACUCAAGAUGUAAAACUGAAUUUUUAGAUUCAUUGCCAAAGCCUGAUUCUCAUUUAAAGUGCUAUUCGGGAUAUGGAUGUGCUACUCUACUGUGGAUGCUGAAGCACAAACCAGAGAAGCUGAAGAAUUUUAAAUAUUCAGCUACUGUUCAAGACUUCGUAGUAACAAUGCUUUGUGAUUUGGAGUCACCAAUAAUGUCGGAUCAAAAUGCAGCAAGCUGGGGUUACUUUAACACCACAGAUAACACAUGGAAUAUUGAUAUUCUCAAGUCUAUUGAUUUUCCAGUAGAACUCCUUCCAAAAAUUGUCAAAAGUGGGGAUAUUGCUGGGAAAUUAAACUCUUCAUGGAAUGGUAUUCCUGCAGGUACCCCUGUGGGAGUAGCUUUAGGAGAUUUACAGUGUUCUAUCAUAGCAACUCUUGAAAAUACGCAAGAUGCUGUGCUAAAUAUUUCCACAUCUGCUCAACUUGCUUUUGUAGUGAAUUCAAUUUCAGAUUUUGGCUGUAACACUAUUGAACAUUUGCCAUAUUUCAAUAACACAUACUUAGUUGUGGCAGCUUCCUUAAAUGGAGGUAAUGUAUUGGCAACAUUUGUAAAAAUGUUGCAACAAUGGAUGCUCGAGUUUGGGUUCCCAAUCCCACAAUCUAAGGUAUGGGAGAAAUUAAUAGCCUUGGGACUGGAUGCAAAAACAUCAUCAGCUAUGAGUAUAACUCCUCAUUUGCUUGGAGAAAGACAUGUACCCACCGCUAAAGCAUCAGUUGAAAAUAUUGAUCUUUCUAAUAUACAACUGGGCAGUGUUUUUAAAUCACUGUGUGAUAGCUUAAUACAGAAUUUACACACAAUGAUGCCUAAGGAUAUAUUGCGUAGUGCUGACAUAAAGAGGAUAGUGGGGAAUGGUUCUGGUUUAUCCAGAAAUGCAGUACUGCAAAGAGCUGUAGAACAUUAUUAUAGUUUGCCUUUAGAAUUUACAUGUGGAGGAGAUGCAGCUAAAGGUGCUGCUAUUGCUGUUAUAUAAAUAAAAGCUAACAUAAAUAUAAUACACAAAAUAAUUUUAAGCAAAUCAUAUCAAUAAAUGAUUUCUUACAUAAAUUACCUUGUUUUGCCUUUACAAUGCUCAGCAUUGGUGUAGCUAUGGCUUUCUCUAGAGGUGCAGCUGGUGGGAGCAAAAAUAAAAUUCAGUGACACACCUGUACCACAUAAAGCCCUGUAAGCGCAAGGCUUUUCUAAGUAGUAUCUAAUGUUGUAUAUUAAGUUAUUUUUAUUUGAUUAAUCAUUUUACUAUUACAAAACAUCUAUGAAACAUCCAUGUGAAAAUAAACAUAAAAUGAUUUGUCAUUACAUAUGUAUAAGUUGUAUUCUAAGAAGUUCUAUUUUUAUGUGCAUUUAUUGGUGCAAGCUGUCAAAGUGCUUUCAAUAAAAUAAAUUUAUUGUUAAACUGGUUUUCUUUUAUAGUAAUUUCUGCUAUAAACGAAACAAAAAAUCCUAAACUAUAAGAAUUAACAUAGUGAUGUUGAAAUUAUUUUUAACCGAUUUAAUAAAAAGGAGAAGGUUCUCAA